GCACAAAAAAAUCUCUGUAAGCGCAUGCAAUCGACGCCUGAUUUAACCUUCGUGUUUAAAUACAUGCAUUAGGAAUUAAAAUGUAUAAGUACUAAUGUCUAAACUGAAAAUGCUUUAAAAUGUGAAUGAAAAGUGGGUUAAAGACAAACAUCUGUGGUAGAUCAACAAGAGCUGAAGGGAAGAAAACCCAUUUAAAUGUAAGACUUAUAUAAUAUCGAGCGCUUGCCAUAGUUUGAGACAAACGCUGCUUUGUGUGUUUUCUGGCACAUCAUUGACAGCUUAGGUAAAACAUGAUGACAAAAACUAAUUUGGGCUCAGCGUUUUAUCAUUUUGUGCUGAAAUUUUCGGAUAGCAUAGUUAUGAUUAUAUCUAAUUAUUAUCAUUGGAUGUUAACAUUUUCUGUUCGCACAAGUACUACCGAUAAGUUCUCUUGUUAUCACUUGUCAUCAGUUUCUAGCAGCUGUGCACGGGAAGAUGUGUACAUGCGGGCAGAUCUUGGAUGCAGGAAGGUCCCGGCAAUCUUCUUGCUUUCUAAACGAGAUCAAGAUGCUCAAAAAACAAUGGCAUUCUUUUGUUGCAGAAGCCAAACCAUGGAUGCAAACACUGCGAAGAUGAUCGUACUUUUAUGGACCGCCACAGCUGUCUCUGAGGCCGGCGGUGAUUCGUGUACCAUCAGUUGCGCUGACGUGACUGGAGCGGUGCAUGAAGCACUGACUCUCACUUGCCGGAUCUUGUUGAACCACACUAAACACGCUGUUCAAUGCUGCAUUAAAUCGUAUAUGUUUAAGGACCAAAAAGGCACAGGAAUCUACAAAAAGGAGCUUCCUAUCAAGACCUGUGAACGAGAGAUCAACGCUACGUGUGUUUACACGCCAAGGGAAAACAGGACAGCUGAUUUUACAAUUUUCGUGCAAACGAGUUGCGAAACAAAGACAACUAUAUUCACCGUUAACGUAACAGAGUCCGGUGGAGCCGUGGCAGACACUGUCGAGAAAGGUAUUGCUUAUCAUAUUCUAUUAAUUUGCCAUUGUUUGCUCCUCCAGACUGAAGCUGCUCUUCGACGUUUGCCGGGAAUCAUAAAUGAUUUCAGGAUUCAGUGCAUUGGUAGAUCGUGAUAACAAUAGGCGUAUCUUUAAGCAGAAACAUACGGUGUAAAAUAAAGUCGUUUUUGAGCGUGUCGUAAAUGUUCGUUUGUUCAUUUUCUCGUUAAAGGGGAAGCCAGGCCGUCGCCGACUGAGGUCACUGUGACCGUGUUUCGUCGUGAUUGUGCUCAUCGUCAUAAUGUCGAUCAUUUAUAGGAAAUGCAGGCCCAUCAGCUCGGAAAGUGUAUCAGCUCAUUCAGCCACAAAAGAUGACGACGACAAUGAAUAGUCUGUAGUAGUCUUGCUUCACAUUCAGUGCAGCUCAUGAGCCUUUAAACAUGUUUAUUGUUGCACCAGGAAUCAUAACUAUCUUAGUUAUUCGGCCUACUCUGUGUGCUUCUAUCCUAAGCUGCAGGCUCUGUUUUAUACUGAUUUCUGUGAAAUGACAGAACGAUAUUGAUCUUUUUGAUCGCAUUUGUAGCUGUCACUGUGGCGGUACCCUUUCAAAAGGGACACAUUUGUAUCUUGUCUACCACAUUAGUACUCUGAAGUUGCACAUUAAUACCUGAGUGCACAAACAGCAUCUUUAUUGACAAGCCUCAGAAAUUUUCUUAAUUUGUUGUGUGGAAAAAAUUUUUUUUCUUUUUUUUUUCAUUUUCUGUAUCUUCAGACUGUUACACUGUACACAUGAUGUCUAUGAAUGACUGACAGCUUUUUUAGCACCUGGUUUGAGUCUCUGUAUAUCAUGUUGAAUUAAAGUGAGUUAAAAUGCAAA